GUCAGUGCAGGCUGUGCUGCCUUGUCGUCAACAUCAAGCUGUUCCUCUCCGCCGCGUCCCUCAUCUCAGCGUCGUCGUCGUUCGGCGUUGUGGGUCGUCGUCUCCCGCGGCGGUCUCCUCGCUGUCUGGAGUAUGACCUGGGAUGACCCAACGUCCGCCAGAGCCGGGACUGGAACUGGAUCGCUGGCGCCGAAACCGAGUCGUUGCCUAUGCGCAAGGAUCUGGUGGGCUGCCCACUCUCGAGGUGCUUCGGUGGGUCCCUGCCCGGUGACCUAGGUAGGAUACCCAAGGUCCAGCAGCAGCCAGCCCACGAGUCAUGUGAGGGCGUCGGUCGGAAGCGCCGCCGCCACUUCAAACUUUUAUUUCUCAAGUUUGUUCGUCAUUUCGUCUCGAUUAGUCAUGGUCGUCCUGCUGACCUCUUAGAGGAGGAACCAGAAGGAAGCGGAAGAGAAAGGGCGUCUUCGUCGUCGUUCCUCGCGAGGCCUCAUCUCCCGUCUUGGAUUCCGAGAGGCUGGAUGCGCCCCGCAGUGUAUGGGUCAGGGAAGAGGGUGGUGGUGGGGUGGUGGUGGUGUGGUGGGGGGAGAGGAGGGGUGGCCGCGGGCUAUAGAGAGGAUGAGGGGGGUUGCCCUCGCUCUCUGAAAAGGCGUGGACGAGGCUGAGCGAGGGUUGCCCUCGCUCUCCCGAAGGCUUCGGGGGGCGUCCUUCCCUCAACGCCGCCCACUACCUCUACGGGAGGCUCAUUUAGAAUUACCUCUCCGGAGGGAGAGAGAGAGAGAGAGAGAGAGAGAGGAAAGAGCGAGAUUGGAACGAAACAAAGAAAUAUUGAUGUAUAAAGAGACAUAACAAUAAAAGGGGCUUGAGGGACAGCGCCAUAGAAGCCCCUUCUUCAAAAUAAGUUUUUGACUUUGGUAAAGAAACCGCUGGGAGCGGCGGGGAUCUUACCGGAAGUCAUUUGACUGCUCAAGGGAAACUUCACCUAUGAAGUCCUCACGACGGCCUCCUCUUCACUUUCCUCCUCCUCCUCUUCUCUUCAUUCUUCUUCUUCCUCAUCCUCUUCUCCUCUUUCUGCUCUCCCCCUUCCCCCUCCUUUCCCUCCAGAGGUGAUGUGCAUUCCGGUGCUGCAAGUGACCCGAUCGAAAUAAAAGGAAGAAGAGAUAAAAGAAAGAAAAGGGAGUCAGAAGGAAGCAGAGAUAAAAGAAAGCAUAGGUAGAGAAGAAGGAAGAGGAGGAACCCCUAGAGAAGAAAGAGGAAGAGGAGGAGGAGAGAGAGAGAGAGAGAGGGAGGCAGAGAAAAUAGCAGACCCGACGAUAUGGAUAGUGGUGUCAGUAAUAGAGGUCCACCUACACUCGUCAUGGUGAACAUGAAUGUGCGUUCUAUGGGUCCGUUCUCAGAGAAAGAAGAGUCCUACUCCAUGCAACUGUACCUGCGCCAAGUGUGGUUCGACACGCGCCUCAAAUUCAACAAGACCGACCUGGGCAAACCGGAGUUUUCCAUGAACUGGAUGUUCGCGGCCAAGCUCUGGAAGCCCGACACCUUCUUCAUCAACGGCAAAAACUCCUAUGCUCACAAAAUCACCGCCCCGAACACUUUCAUUCGUCUUAAGCACGAUGGACAGAUCACCUGGAGUUUGAGGUUGACUGUUCGCGCCAGCUGCAAGAUGCAUCUCAGAAAAUUCCCUCUGGACACGCAAAUAUGUCCGCUCACCCUGGCAUCUUACGGGUAUAAUGCCCAAGACAUACUCUACAAAUGGGCACCGGCGCUGGUAACAGUGGACGCCGACGUCAGCAUCGCCCAGUACGAGUUAUUCGACAUCAAACACGGUGACGACGUUGUAGUCGUCAGAAGAAAAGAGAACAGACAACCUGAGACCAUAUCGACGCUCAACGUCAAGUUCCACCUGAAGAGGCUGACGGGCUUUUUUCUCCUCCAAGUCUACGUCCCUUGUAUCCUCAUCGUCUGCUGUUCCUGGGUCGCCUUUUGGAUCACGAAGAAGGACGUCCCCGGCAGAGUUUGCUUAGGUGUGACUACUGUGCUGUCCAUGACCACCUUGGGCUUCGGCGGGCGGUCGGCUUGGCCGGCGGUCUCCUACGCGACUGCCCUCGACUACUUCGUCAUUCUGUGCUUUGCCUUCGUGUUCGCCGCCGUCCUGGAGUUCGCCUGCAUCAACUUCGUCGAGAGAGCGGCCAACAAACGGCGCAAGAAACUAGAGGACCUGAAACACCAGAUAACCGAACGGAUAAUGGCGGCGGAGAAGGACGCCACGAUGCAGGUGACGACGACGGUGAAGGAAGACGGGGGCGUGGACAUCGGGUCCUCCCUGCGGAACACGCUGAAGGUGGGACUGUCCGUCGUGCCCAUGGUUGAGGAGGCCUUAGAGGAGGCCGAGGCGUCCGGCAAGGACACUCCGGUGGACGCGCAGGCUUCCCUGAAGGAGGCGUUGAAGUUGCCUUUAAGUGUAGUGCCUGAGAGCCUGGAGGCUGUUCAGGACCCCUGCGAGCGGGAGGGGCUGCGGGAGCGGAUCGUGACCCCUUCCAGGGGCGGAGGAGGGGGAGGGGGGAGUGGCGUGGACAGUGGCGGGGAGGAGAUGGAGGACGACGGCCUGGACAGGACAGUCGUGAGUGGGGAGGUGGAUCCCCUGCAGGGGAAGAGAGACGCCUGGAUCGCCGCCAGCGACAGCGGCAGCAUGACCAGUCGGGGCAGUUUGUUUAAGUUCAAUAGAAAAGACAAGAUGAAAAGGGAACGCUCCCAGGACAGUGAGAGUGACUCCACAGUGAUCAAGGUCGACCUCCAGCAGGAUGACGACCAGCCCCCGCCGCCCCCGCCGCCCUUCACCGUCUGGCAGAUGCUCACCCGCAAGAGGAAGAUCAUGUCGGAGAUGACGCCGAGCAACACCGUCCUCACCGAGGAGGACGUCCUCGAGCGCUUCUCCAUCAUCGAUCUCUACGCCCGCAGGAUCUUCCCCACGGCGUUCUUCAUCCUCUUCACCAUCUACUGGGUCAUGUUCAACUACUACAUCACCGAUGAGUUCCCUCACGAGAGUAAAGUACCCAGUGACGGACUCAUAGUGGUUUAAAGAUGGUCUCUCUCUUUUUUUACGGUGGGCCCGCGCGGCACUCUCCUCACCAGACCGACUCAGUGGUGGUUCAUGUGACACGAGAAAGGAGAGAAGGAAGGAAGUGUCAGAUGGAAUAGUGAUUCAUGACGGAUGGGUCGGAGGGGGACAUAGGGGGGGCGUCAUUGUUUCGUAAGUGGCCCCCUUGCCCAAACCUCUCGUCUUCUGGAUAAACUCGUGUAUCUUAUUAAGCAUAAAAACAGUCUUUUAUAAUAUGACGAAAUACUUGGAUGUAAAUAAGCUCUGGGGGAAAACUUCAGCCUAAAUAUUUGGAUACGAAAACUGAAUUGCAGUGGGAUUCGAAAAUGGAUCUUCUUUUAGAUGCGAGUUUAUGAUAGAAAAGGACAUCCAUAGAAUAUAAUCGAGUGUGUCGUCCUAAUAAUGUUUGAGUUCUUUUUCAAAACAAGUCACGCCUUACCUUGGGUGUCGUCUGUGAAAUGUUUGCUAAACACAAUGUUUGUGGGAUGUAGGGACAUUCUAGACAGGGGCGAUCUUGAGUUUCGUCCUUUGUUUACGACAAUAAAUCAAGAAGACCUGAGUAUACUCACCUUUGAUCUUUAUUUCUCUCUUUUUUUAUUUUUAUUAUUAGUGAAAUUUGCGUGUCUUUUUAUCCGAGGCGGAAACGACAUUGAUGAUCGAAGUUCACUUGGGGUAUUCUUAAGUUAUAAGUGACGAAAGCACAAGUUAAUAAGUCUUCGUGAUUGAGGCUUCGAUUAUUUUUUUUAUUUUUUUCUCAAUAUAGGCCUAUUUUUUUCAUUUAUUUGUUUUUUAAAAAGGUUAAAUAUUACUUAUCAGAAGAAUUUUUACAAGAACUUUUUCUCUGAUUUCUCUGUCUAUUUACUUUUAGAGCGAAUGAGUUUUCAAUACAAACUCAUACAUGUUCAUGUAAAGCAAGUCUGUUUUCGUUUUCCUCUCUCUCUCUCUCUCUCUCUCUCUCUCUCUCUCUCUCUCUCUCUCUCUCUCUCUCUCUCUCUCUCUCUCUCUCUCUCUCUCUCACUUUUUAGCACUUUUUAUGGCAAUUUUGAGCUCUUGAAAUUUGAUUAUUAUUAUUAUUAUUAUUAUUAUUAUUAUUAUUAUUAUUAUUAUUAUUAUUAUUAUUAUUAUAGGUAGUUAACUUUUUAGCAAUCAUUUUAUAUCAGAAGCCUCAAUGUACUAUUUUGUUUUUAAUCCUUAUCUCGUGAUCUUUUCCAAGUAAUUUACCUUAGCAGCAACACGACCUACAGGUUCCGUAUAUUAAUACUUUUUUAUAAUGAAUGCAGAAAAAAAUACUAUAUUGUAACGCUUUCUGUAGGCUAAUUUUGUACCAAGGUUCAUAACUAUUAAGACAUGUAAAUCUUAUAAAUAGAUUAUAUAAAUAAUAUAUGUAAAUGCUUUGACCAUAACCACGUCUUACACAAAGAUCUCUUGAUAACGGUAGCAGCCAAAUCUUUUUUGGUAAGGAGCCGACGAUACUUGGGUAUUGAACAUAGUAUAAAUAACUGUAAAUAAGAGAACACUAGUCUAUAAAUAUGUGUACAUAGGAAGAGUUAUAAUAACGUUACAGCAGACCUUGUUAAUCUGGAGAAUCUAAACGCCGCCUUUCUCACAUGCAUUCAACUCCUCAGCACUAACAGAAUAAAGAUAUUUUUUUCUUUUUUUUUACUAUCAGCAUCUAAAUAACACUACUGUGUCAUCCGGAACAAAAAUUAACGAUGAUAAAACAUUCGAUGAUCACUGUCUCAUUCCAAACGAAUACAGCAUGCAGACGAAAACUGCGUCCGACCUUCGAAGCGUCCGAAUCAUUUCGCCCAAAAAUGUUCGAAAUGAUUCUAGAACUUCUAUAAAAUAAAAGAUGAAUUGGAGCUACAAAAAGAAGAGUUAAAAAAGAAGAUUAAGGCAAAGGGAUGAACAAAAGAAUGGAUUCAUUGGAGCUAAAGAAAUUUAGGAAUCAAAUGAAAGACAGACGAAGAUGAUCCCGAUGUUUCGAACGUGUCGAGACCGCAAAAUCCAUCUCCCAAGUCAUAUAGUGAACUAAUGUCAUCUGUAGAUAUCACGUAGGUAAUUUAUCAUAUUAAUUCAUUCUCAGCGCGCAGAUCUAAUGUGGCGCAAGAAGGAUUUUAUUUUUUCGUUUUUUUUUUCUUGUCAUUCUUUAUUUCAUUCACUAUUUCCUAGUGAAUAAAAAUGAAAAUGUUUAGAAUAUGUCCGAACCUGACCAACACUCAAUCUCGAACACUGUGCCGAGACUGAGCCCCUCGGUACAUGGUUCAUCGUUCCUGUGUUCAACGCUGCGUAGGUUAGGACUCUCUCUCUCUCUCUCUCUCUCUCUCUCUCUCUCUCUCUCUCUCUCUCUCUGUAUGUUUUCCCCUCUUCCUUUUAUCUGCCAUUGGUAUGUUGAUCACCCAUUUUAUUAAAUCCUGCCUUUCCAACCGAUGAAAUAUUUGAUAAAUAUAUAUAUUUCCAAUAAAAACAAAAGUCGUAAGAAAUUGUUGAUAAAUACGGUGAUUGAGCGGAGUCUAGUAUUCUGUGGAAAGGACAUUAUUAACAUGCUUUCAAUACGCAUUGCCCAUAAAUUUUUUUUAUGAAUAGGAGUGAAUGAGAUACAGGACUCGCGAAUUAAAGCAAGCGAGUAGGCACUUACUCAAUGCCCCCUUUAAGAUAUUCCCGUAAAAGAAUUAGAGGACGCUCAAGAUAGUUACGAUGUUUCUGUGUACACGAGUAAUUUUUUUUUUUUUUUUUUUUUUUUUAGUGACUUCAUGGUCAUAAAAUGGCGAGUCCUUUAAUUUCCUGAUGUUUCUGUGUAUAUUUUUGUGUGAAUUUUAACUUUGCUCACUUUUAUAUAUCAUAAUUUCGUUAAUUCCCGAAUUGAUAAGGGAGGGAAGGGGUUCGGGAUAUACCCCUCUACUGAGGGGCAUGGGGGGUGUCGUGGGAAUUUCAAUAAAAUCUGUAAAAAAAAAUUUCAAACUUUCUCAUCAAAUAGCCUACUACUACACUUACUCGAAGAAAAGUCUCAUCUUAUGAAUACUUGUACAGCAAGUGAUUUAAAAAAAAAAAAAGUUUAAAAAUUUGAAACAAAACACUAAAACAAGAACAAUAAUGACAUUACAUACUCUUAAUCUGUUUCCUCAUUCAUUUCCAUUUUCACCCGAAUUAUUUUUGUUAUUUUUUUUUCCACAUCUGUUUCAUUAUUUUUCCCCCUCUCGGCAUUUUCUUUUGGUUUUAUUUUUCCCCUAUACCACCCCUCUUCCUUUAUUAUUUUGAAAUGUAAGCGCAUUGUUUUAUUUGCUACCGAAUCUCUCAUUAAAUUUAUCAAAGUAU